AAUAAUAAAAGAUCUCGCCUUUGUUAUUCCCGCGUCAACCCCAACGCGCAGGAGCAAACUUUUAAAAUUACAAUUACAAUACUGAACGCCCAACGACAAUUCCCCUGGCGACGACGACGGUGAUCUCACCCCCCGGCAACUCCUCUUCUUCCGGGUUCCUCACUGUUUGAUUAGCGGCAAUUCGGGUCCCAGGGAUUGGGCGGAUAGUAGAUCUUCUAAAUUUGGAUCCCAUCCUCAUGCUUCACAAAUCCAUACUCAUAGCAUUCCUCUUCAACUACUUAUUCUUCGGGUAUGCGGAUCCCGAUGGAAAUUGCGGCCGGAAGAGCCCUCUUGUCGAUUUGGAGGCCGAGUUCAAAAUGGUUCAGCACCAGCUAAGAGGGUAUGUGAAAAUCAUUGAUGAUUGUUCAUUUAGGGUUUCACAAUUCGAUAUGCUUUCUGGGGCCGAUGUCCAUUGGUGGGGUGCAAUCGGUUCUGAUUUCGAAAACUUCACUGCGGGAUUCAUCGUGUCUGAUCAUAAAUUGAACGAUACUUAUAAGAAUGCUAGCUUUGUCGUGCGUCUGAUGAAGAAUAUUACAUGGGAUAUGAUCCAGGUUCUGGCUGUGUGGGAUAUCCCCACUGCCUCCGAUUUUGGGCAUGUCAUGCUUGGGGAGUUGAUGAAUGGUACUGCGAUUUCUUCGGGUCCUAGUUUGGCUCCUUCGCCUUCAAGCAACGCCGGUCAUGGCGCAGACAAGGGUCGUAAUCACACGGAGCCAACUAUGUUUGAGAACUGUAAGGUGUUAUCGAAGGAUUUCAGAGUUAGGUGGACGCUAAACGUUAAGGAGGAUUUCGUUGAUAUUGGGUUGGAGGCUGCUACUGGAAUUCUAAAUUACAUGGCAUUUGGGUGGGCAGACCCGAAUUCUUCUAGUUCGGAACUCAUGAUUGGAGCUGAUGUGGUUGUGACAGGGUUUAAGGAAGAUGGCUUUCCAUUUGUGGAUGACUUUUACAUUACCAAGUAUAGUGAGUGUAUGAACAAGAGCAAUGGAUCACCGGAAGGGGUUUGUCCUGAUUCAGUUUAUGAAGCAUCGGAAGGGGUUUCUUCAGAAAACAACACAAAGUUAAUUUAUGGGCAUAGGAAGGACGGGGUCUCAUUUGUUCGAUAUCGGAGGCCAUUGAGUAAGGUGCAAGAAAAGUAUGAUCACCCCGUGAACUAUACAGCAAAUAUGACAGUCAUCUGGGCUUUGGGAUUGAUUAAACCCCCUGACUCUAUUCGGCCCUACUAUCUUCCUCAAAAUCAUGGGGGACCACCAUUUGAGACUUAUGGGCAUUUGGUAUUGAAUGUGUCAGAGCAUUUGAAUGACUGUGUAGGUCCUAUUGAUGCAGAAGAUAAGGAAGAUCAAGAUAUUAUCAUUGCGGAUGCAAAAGUUCCGUUGGUAAUUUCGUCAGGCCCAGUAUUACAUUACCCAAACCCCCCACAUCCAGAUAAAGUUCUUUACAUCAACAAAAAGGAAGCUCCUGUCUUGAGAGUGGAAAGGGGGUUGCCAGUUAAGUUUUCAAUACAAGCUGGCCAUGAUGUUGCACUUUAUAUUACAUCAGAUCCAAUUGGCGGAAAUGCAACGUUGAGGAAUUUGACUGAGACUAUAUAUUUUGGGGGCCCUGAAGCCGAAGGAGUUCAAGCCAGUCCCAAAGAGUUAGAUUGGGUUCCUGACAGGAACACUCCUGAUCAUAUCUACUAUCAUUCAUUGUUCGAACAGAAGAUGGGUUGGAAAGUGGAGGUGGUUGACGGGGGUCUGUCAGACAUGUACAAUAGCAGUGUUGUUCUGGAUGAUCAACAGGUAACUUUCUUUUGGACGUUGGCAAAGGAUACAAUAUCUAUUGCAGCUCGUGCGGAGAAAAAAAGUGGAUAUCUUGCAAUAGGGUUUGGAACUGGAAUGGUAAACAGUUACGCUUAUGUAGGUUGGAUUGAUGAAAAUGCUGUUGGUCGUGUAAACACUUAUUGGAUUGAUGGAAAGGAUGCCUCACGUAUACAUCAAACAAACGAGAAUUUGACAUAUGUCAGAUGCAAAACAGAAAAUGGCAUCAUUACUUUGGAAUUUACACGUCCCUUGAAACCAUCUUGUAAUCAAGGGAAUAGACCAGAAUGUAAAAAUAUUAUUGAUCCCACCACUCCUCUCCAUGUUGUUUGGGCAAUGGGUGCUUCAUGGGAUUAUGAACAUCUUAGCGAGAGGAAUAUGCAUUCUCUUACUAGCAGUAGGCCUAUCCGUGUACUACUGAUGCGUGGUUCAGCAGAAGCAGAGCAAGACUUGCUUCCCGUCUUAGCGGUGCAUGGGUUUAUGAUGUUUCUUGCAUGGGGUAUCCUGCUUCCUGGUGGUAUACUGGCAGCCAGAUACGCAAAGCAUCUUAAGGGCGAUUUAUGGUACAGGAUUCAUACUUACAUGCAAUACUCAGGGUUAGCUAUCAUUUUACUUGCCCUUCUCUUUGCUGUGGGAGAGCUGCAGGGUUUCUAUGUCAGCUCUUUACAUGUUAAAUUUGGCAUUGCUGCAUUAUGCUUGGCUUGUAUACAGCCAGUGAAUGCAUACCUAAGGCCUCAAAAAACAGGAAAUGGGGAGCAUGUGCCCCUUAAUAGGCUUAUUUGGGAAUAUUUUCACAUAAUUGUUGGCAGAUCUGCCAUUGUUGUAGGCAUUGCUGCACUGUUUAGUGGGAUGAAGCAUCUUGGAGACAGGUAUGGCGCUGAAAAUAUUCAUGGGCUCAAUUGGGCUUUGGCUAUUUGGUUCUUAACCUUUGCACUCAUGGUUGCCUACCUGGAAUACCGUGAAAGGGAGCUAAAAAGGAAUCAUAUAUUUGGAAGAAGCAACUGGGUGUUUGGUAAUCUUGAGUCAGACGAUUCUCUUGAUCUCUUGAGCCCAAGCAGGACAAUUGCUGAGGAAGGUUUAGAUUCAUCUUCAAGAAUGGAAGUACAGUUAGAACCUUUGAGAAGAUAGAUGAUUGUCUGGUAGCGAGAUGCUGUUUUAUGCCAAGUUUGGCAUAUUCUCAUUUAAUAUAUGGCCUGGCAGGAUCCUUCAUUUGCUCGGAGGCUUUUUUGUUUCGAAAUCUCUUUUGAGGUACAAUUGGAGGCAAUGGAUAUUUAGUCUCUUAGUUCGAUAGAUUCUGUAUUGUGUGAAGAGUAGCAUUCCUACAACAUGGAUUUCCAAUAGAUAAUAUAUCUUCAAUUAAAUAGAUUUCAUUACUUUUCUAUCUAGUUGCUGCAAUUUUCUCUUCUUGGCACUACUUGAAAUUUCUCAUAUAAUAUGUGGGCCGACAGGACUCCUCUUUGCUUGAAAGCUUCUUUUUUAAUAGAAAGAAAAAGGAAAAUCUGUCCCGACUUACAUUGGGAGGCAGAUGCUCUUUAGUCUCUGUUCUACCCGGGUGUUGCAUUCUGUGAAGAGUAGCUUUCCAACAUGUAUUUCUUUUAGUCAAUACAUCUCCAGAGAAAGUGGUUAUAUGAUUUGUCUACUCUAGCUGUCCCCGUCUUAUUUCCUUUCCUUUCCUUUUCUCGUUCUUUUUUUUUUUUUUUUAAACUCAUAAAAAUGACAGAAACUGCACUUUACAGAAAAGUUUCUUGUGCGUCACAAUGGGUCUUGAAUGAUUUGUUUGAUAGUAUCCUCCAUGUCGUUGAGGCAUGGAAAGCAAUUUAGCAAAAAGUAUAAUUGUAGAUGCAGGGAGUAAAAUAUAAUAGUAGACCGUUCUUGUCAUCCAUGGUAACACUUGAUAUCAGAGUCAAUGCAAUUGCAUUUUUCUUCUUUGGAUGUCAUGUGCUAUCAGUCCCAGUGAACACAGGAGCUGAAGAAAAUUAACUGUAAUCUUGAGUGGCUACAGCUUAUAAAUCAAUACAAAGGAAUCUACAUCAGUUCUAACUUUGUGGCAUUGAAUAUAAAUGGCCGCGCAUACGGACCUUCUUUCACUAUAUGGAACUCGUACAACCAGUGAUUAAGGACCAGAGCACCUUGUAGAAUUCUUUAAUCUGAUUUAAUAUAGUAGAAUUGAUGGAAAUUUAUUAUCUUUUCUUUUGCUGAAAAUUAUCUGGUGUUUCAGUUUAUCAAUUGCGAAACCAUUGAGAAAGAUACGCAUUUUUUUAUGCACAGAAAGAUACCUAUGCUAACAUGUGACUUUGUAUCCCUACAGAAUUUCUCAGAUAUACUUAAAUUCCAAUAUUUGUUUCAAUCAGCGAUCAAUGUGGCUAGCUUUGGCCUAGGUGGUUCACACUUGUGAAGAAACUGUUGCACCUAGGACUAAGGACCGAUGCCCUCUGUGAUGUUGUAGGUGCUCCCAUCAACAAAAUCAGGAAUUUUUCAACUCAUCGGACUGGAUGUUUCUAUUUGGAGAUAACUGGAAGAUCGUUUCUUCUUUUCAAGUCUAAAUGUAUGCCUGCGUUUGACUGGAGAAGGGCACUUUACUGGCUGACAUCUGACAUUCUAUGCCUCCUUCCUUGCCUCAAGACCGCAUGAUAAGCAUUUUGUCUUGAGGGUUAAUACAAGUAAGAGUUGUAAAACCAUGUUAUUACUUGAGCUCUUAUUGUAUUGAACACUACUAUGUUUUGAAUUAAGCCAUAGCUUAAUUGAGUAAUAAAACAUGUUUCUUGGUGCUGC